UUACCCAGAGUUUUAAACUUCAAAGCUGCUGAGUGAGCUCAAGAUGAAGCUGCUGCUUGGUUUGUUUGUUCUGGGGGCAACGCUGGGGGUCCUUUAUUCUGCCCCGGAGGACGAACCCACCGGCAUCUCAAAGGACACCUUAAAACAGUUGUCCCUGGAUGGGGAGAAACUUGUGGACGAGGAGGUGAGGCGGGCUCUGUACGGGGUGAAGCAGAUGAAGCAGGUGAUGUGGAGGAACGAGCAGAAACACGAACACCUCAUGAAGUCUCUCCAACACAGCAGUGACAAGAAGAAGGAGGCAGACCAGCUGACUAAGGAGGUGACGCAGAAGCUGCAGGAGGCCGAGCAGCAGUGCAAGGAGUCCCUGCAGUCUGAGUGGGAGCAGUGCAGGCCCUGUCUGGAGGACGCGUGCAAAACUUUCUACACCUCCACCUGCCGCAGGGGAUAUGGCUUCUUCCAUGCCAAGGUGGAGAACUUCUUCCGCAGAGUGUCUGGGCGCUUCGGCCCCAAAGAGGCCCGUCUGGAUGCAGGGGACAUCCUGGUGAACCAGGGCCCCGAGGACAGCGACAUGGAGGCGGACCGCAUCGAGGAGUCCUUCAGCAGCCUGAGCAGCAGGGUUGGGGGGCUGGUGAACCGCAGCGUGGAGCUGGUCUCCAGGAUGAGCGGCCGGCUGGACCAGGUCCUGCAGAAAGCCUUCCUGAACUACACCGACUCCCUGAUGGAGGAGGACACCGCGGCAGACCCCUACGACCCGGCCCGGGACUCCAGCUUCCUGCAGGGGGUGGGACUGGAGGACGUGCUGGAGUCCUUCUUCGACUUCGGCAAGAGUGUGGUGGAGGAGUUUGGAGCAGUGGUGACCCAGAGGUUUGAGGACAUCCAAAAGGCGGUGGAGGAGCAGAAGAAGAAAGACCUCAGACCAAUCAACUGUUUUGAUUACAUGGAGGAGAUUAAGUGA